AUCGGAGUUCGUAAAUUUCGUGCAUUCGUGACUUUGUAGCGCGAUUGUAGACAUGUUGUUGCUGUGCAAUUGCUCUUGGCGCGUAGAUAAGAGGGAUGUCGUGGACGUGCAGUGAAGCGUGCAUACGAUUCACAUCUGAACAUCACAGACGCAUCCUUCACAUCCCGGCUAUCAUUGUCUGAUCAUGGAUGUACCGGUGGCCGCGAACGUGCUAGGAACGCUGGGAGCAGUAUGUUGGUCCAUUCAGCUUAUCCCACAAAUUGUCAUCAACUAUCGAAGGCACAAUGCUACUGGACUCCAGCCGACCAUGAUGAUGCUGUGGGCAUGGGCUGGGGUUCCCCUCGGCGUUUAUAACAUCGCUGAAGACUACAACAUUGCUCUGCGCAUUCAGCCUCAGAUUCUUACCGUACUGAGUCUGGUGACGUGGAUUCAGUGCUACUACUAUGAGAAGAGUUGGUCGGUUCUCCGCUCGCUCGUCGUUGUCAUCCCUGUGGCCUGUUUGAUGGGCGGCGUGCAAGUCGGUCUCAUCUUCGCCAUCCAACAUGCCAAGUCACAGGGGCUGCACUGGCCCAGUAUCCUCAUGGCUGUUGCUUCGGCCGCUCUGCUUGCUGCCGGUGUCUUGAGGCACUACGUGGAUGUCUAUGUUCACCGGACUGUUCGUGGCAUUUCCUUCAUCUUUGUCGGUAUUGAUGCUCUGGGAGAUCUUUUCUCCUUGGUGUCAGUCGUCUUCCAGCCUAAGCUUGACGUCUUGGGUCUGGUAAUUUACGGCUCCGAACUGGUGCUGUGGAUCGGCAUUUUCCUGUGCGGAGCGUAUUACAACCUCCCAUAUUGGUACGCUGCAAAGAAGGAGAAGGAAACAAGUGAAGAUCGCCAGGAUGAGCCCAACAAUGGGCCUGCAGACGUGACUGGAAUCGCACUUCACGAUCUGCCGUCUAGCACUUCCGUGUUCAGGACGCCAUCGGGCGAAAUUGAAGCGAUCCGACAACGUAGUAUGGACUCAAUACGUGCUGCUGGUCUGGAACAUCUGCCGCGGAGGGUGUCCUGCGGCUACUUCCGGGCGCACGCACCUUCUCCACAAUCACCAUCCGCACUCCCCACACUCAGACCGGACAACUACGAGCGACUAUAUUCACGGUCGACCUUCCGCAUCACAAGAUCUCAACUGCGCCACUAUCAUAAUCCGGCGCCAGCAACUUCUUCAAUCAGGAAUAUUCGCAACUCAACUCUCAGCUCCAGCCGCAUCAUGACUUCCACCACUACGACCAAGGUCACUUCGCUGGGCUCCCAGUCCAAUGGCCCAUCGGUGCCAAAUCCCACACCAGCCACUGAGUCUGUAGGUAGCCCUUACGAGCCUAUUGACCCUCCGCCGGAGAUGGACUACACUGCUGUCGCCAAGAUCCUGGGCCCUAUCCAAGAGUCGCUCAACGAGGCCGCCCUGGAGGCUGGUUAUCCAUCCCCGCCCAUCAACACGCCUACACUCGGCUCGCCCGCCCCGUCCGUUUCAUAUCGCUUCCCUGUGACCCGCGGUCGCGGCUUCAGUGUGAUUGGCGAUAGACUCGCGCAGCUGAAGAUCGAUGAUCGCAAGCUCCGUCACCGUGAGGGAGACGUGGGAUCCAGCAACUACUCACCAGAGGCAUCCAUCAAUGAGGACGAGGAGGUCGAUAUAGCGAGCAUCUCCGAGGUGCUGAGCGACAGCGGUCGGGAUAAGCAAGGCUCAGGACAAGCUCGUAAGAUCCUUGACCCCAUCGAGGUGACUGAAGGCUCAGUUCCUAUCGCUCUAGGUUCUCCUGCCGUAAACCCGCGCAUCGUAGAGUACCUGACGUUCACCUCCGACGACUUGCCUACGAACUCGGUUGCACCUUGCUUCCCCUCUACACUCAUGGAGACGAGCACCGCGUCAAUCAAGACCAUUGUUGGCGGUAGCGACGGCGCCAGCUUGAAGAGCGAUGGCGUCACUGAGAAGAGCAACUGGGCUGAGGAAAUCGAAGACAUGGUUGACCGUACAUGCCUACGCCUUGAGCAGCUGGCCGACGAUGAGUGGAAGCGUGAUGGCAGCAAAAGCUUCGCCGACUACUACGUCGCCCGCCUUGAGCGUUUACUCGGCAGCGCUAAGCGCACCGUACCCGUCAGCAUCCAGAAGAACAAGGAGAUCCAGGAGUAAAAGGAUAAGAAGGGCGCGCUCAGAAAGCGCUCACCAAUAUGGAAAUGGUACAGGGACAGGUGCCGGCGCUCACGGUACGGGUAUUGCUUCGAUUGUUUUCACGGUCAAAGGUUCAAAAGUUGGACAAGUGCUGUAAUGGUGUUCUAUACCCAUCAUGUCCCUUUAUAACGAUUCACGGGUCCACGAUAAUGCUUUCCACGAUAUCAGGUCCAAAUAGUGG